AUGACGACCAGGCUAGUACAAAGGACACGAAGAAGCCGAAGCUGGCAAAAGCAGUCUACGGCCCCCUUCCGAGACAUAACGGCGUCUAUUUUGGAAGCAUCUAGCAAGGUUCUGGGAUUCUCACAAAAAUCUAAGAGCCUCAAAGGUACGCACGUGAAGGUACUCAGGGACGCUGCGGCGGCGAUAACAGCAGGAACAAAUGUCAUGGCCAUGCAAAUGGCACAGGACAGAUGCGGAAACAACUUGGACUUGAUAGAGGAGUUAAGAACAGAGAAUAUGAAUCUGAAAACAUCGCUGAGGGAAGUAAGAAAGGAACUGGAGGAAGUGAAGGAAAUGCUUCGGGGUAUAAGGGAGACACCGCUGCAAGCAGCAGCGGUAUUCUCCCCGCCCCCGAAGCACCUGGGAAACGUGGGUCAGGGUGUGGAGGAGGCGCUGCAACAUAUGGCGGGUGCUCCCUCGCCCCUGAUCCACAUAAAGGAGAAAGAAAGGGCGAUCACCCCACCUAUGGUGGACAUGGUGGAGGAGGAGGAAGUCCCGAUUGGAGUAAUAGAGAUCCAAAAGGGACUGAUUCCAAAGGAUAAGAGACGCCCGGUGAGGGAAGGCAGGGUCGCAAAAACAGGAGAAGCAGGUCCCAAGAUUAGGGAAAAUGUCCUCCUGAAUACUAAAGUUAGGAUGGAAAGGAGGGAGGAUCCAGUAAAAGGAGGAAAGAAGGGACUGGGAGAGGAAGUGUCCAGGAUGGUGUUCCAGGCCCUGAACGAAUGGAAAUCACAGGAAACUCCCAAACAAGGGACCGGGAGAAACAAAGGAAACAAAGGAAAAGGAGAGGUAAAAGAAAUAGGGGAUCAAGGAAGGGCACAAUACGGGGGAAACAAUUACAUCAAAGAGUACCCCCAACUUCCGCCCACGAGAUUACAAAGAAAGGAACAACAAGCACAACAUGGCAAGGAGGAGGCACCUACACCACAAGAAUUGUGGGCGAAAGUGAAAGAAGGAAAAAAGAACAAGAGAAGAGUCCCCAACACAGCGGCAGUAACAAUCACCGCCGAAAAAGGACAAUACAAGGACCUGCUAGCUGAAGCAAAGAGGAAGAUAGAUCUAACCGGGAUGGGUAUCGAGAAGAUAAAAACCAGAGUAGGGGCCACCGGAGCACUUGUGCUCGAGAUACCCGGCGAAGAAAGGAGUAAGCUGGCGGACCUAUUGGCGGACAAACUUAAGGAGGUCUUGACAGACAGGGCAAGAGUAAGCAGGGCGCAGAAAAUGGGUGAACUGAGACUCAAAGGGCUGGAAAUAUCCACCUCGGAGAGCGAAGCGGCGGAGGCAGUGGCUAAGAUAGGGGGAUGUCAAGUAGGAGAAGUAAAGACUGGGAGUAUAAAAAUGGCCUGGAAUAACUACAGGACAUUAUGGGUACAGUGCCCCCUCGCGGCGGCCAAGAGGGUUGCAGAAACAGGCAACAUUAAAAUAGGCUGGACGCAGGCCAAAGUAGAACUUCUACAGGCAAGGGCACUCCAAUGCUUUAAAUGCUUGGAAAGAGGGCACGUGCAGAUUAAUUGCACAAAUAACAGUGAUAGGAGAGCCAACUGUUACAGAUGCGGAGAACCCGGACACCUGGCUCGGGACUGCAGUUCAAGAGCCAGGUGUCAAAUCUGUGAGGAGGCAGGUGUAAAAUCGGGACAUAGAAUGGAGGGACCAUCCUGCCGUCCCCCCAAGGGCAAGAAGAAAAUCUCUGGGGAUGCGGUGACCCCCAUUGAUGAUGGGAAGAUGGAGGUGGAGGAGAAGAGAGCAGAAAAAAGAGCGAGACCAGCUGAGAGUGAGGAUACCGACGGCGAACAGCCGGGAGAGAAGAUAGUUGUCAUAACAGAACAGAACAAUGGACACUAA